AUGGGCAAUGAUGCAGGUGAUGCUAUCUCCGAGAUCCACUGCUGUCUAUCUCAUGCAGGUACGGACAUUGGGAGUUCCACCGCAGCUUUCAGACUCCACCGAGGCCAUGCUUGGCGGGAAAACACAAGGGUGUACCUAGGGAACUGGGUGUCUAUCACGAUUGCAAUGAUUCAACUUGCCCUUUCUACUUCUGCAAUAAACAAGGAUAUCUCGGAGCUUGCCUGA